GUUCGCUGGGGUGAUAAAGGAUCUACUGAGGAAGGUGCAAGGUUAGAGAAAGCCAAAAAUGCUGUGGUGAAGAUUCCUGAAGAAGAGGAACCUGUCAGGCCUAGGCCACCUAGACCCAAACCCACUUACCAGCCACCACAGACAAAGUGGUACGCGCCCAUUAAGGGUCCUCUUGAUGCACUCUGGGCUUUGUUGCGGCGGCAGUAUGACCGGGUUUCCUUGAUGCGACCUCAGGAAGGAGAUGAGGGCCGGUGCAUAAACUUCUCCAGAGUUCCAUUUCAGUAAAGGAAAGCAAGAAGACCAAGAAGGUACAAAGAUGGCACAUUUUCACAUCCAACCAGAUGAAAAAAGUCAAGUGCAUUUCAGAAACCUUUGGAAGAGCAGCUUAAUUUCUCUCCGUCAGGAAAUGCUUUCUCAGCCUUCUGCUUUUUUUGCACCAAAUAUUUUCARACACUCACUUGACUAUCUACAAGGAUGAGAUUGAUAUAAAGAAGAAUGUUAAUCUGCACACUGUGGUUUAUAUAAGAAACUUAUUUGAGUGUGUUGUAGAGGCAAAAGCAAAAACAGCCACAAUGUAAAGUUGAUAUCAAAACAGACCACAAAACCAGUAGCCAUGAUGGGUCUUUCAUGGAGAUAGGACUUUUUAACAUGCAAACAUGGCRCUUGUGUUUUUGUAUGACAAAAUCUGUAGCUACAGGCAGAGUACGAAUUUUCCCACCAGGCUAAGCAAAUAUUGGAGUCUAUUGCCUUAUAGCUAUGUCAGAUCACAAAAUCCUUCCAAGUCCCCUAUCACAGUGUGCCUUACGGGAAGUUUCUGACUAGAAAAUCUUGUCAUUCUAACACUGAAAAGUGCACACGCAUGACAAAAGAUAGACAAGAUGCCUCAAGGUAUUGGUAGCAAGCAAGAUUUUGCCCUUUAGUUUUUGAAGACACCUUUCUUUCAUUAUGCACUUGGGACAAGAAAAUUAAUAGAGCGUUAUUCCACUGGAAGACAGCCUCUCACCAAAGAUCUGGAGUGGAGUUUAAAGGACUCGUGAUUUGAGACUUUGUCCCUGAGACUGGUAGAUUUCCUCCUUUUCCUGUGUUUAGGAGUACUAGUGCAUAAAGCAUUAAUAUCUGUAAACAUACCUAGGAGUUUGUUUUGCUUUUAAUUUAAAGGAAGCAGUAACCACAAAGCUUCUGCUCAGGGUUUUUUCUUCCUUCAAGUCUCCAAGGGCUCUUCAGYGUCACAAGCCAGCAACUCUCUUUGCAUGAAAAUUUCAAAGUUUAAUUAAUAUAAUUAAAGGCAACAGCAAGCAGCAGCCUGUGAAGAUUUUGCUCAUCUUUUUUAUGCCUUUUGACAUUGAAUGACCUAUUACUGUAUGCGCAUUACUUGGAUUUUGAGGAGCACUCUACUUUGGUUAUGAUUCAGUAGAGGAAAAAGACCUCCUUUCUGCAGUUUAUAAAUUAAAUUUUCAGGAGGAUCGCCAUCAAAAAACAUUGACAAUGUAUGUAUUAUAAUUUUUUAGAAAAACCACCAUCGUGUCACGUCGACGAUGCCAGAUUAUGUUAGCGUGAGCAGAAACACUGUGGGGGAGGAAGAAGGCAGCAGCUGAAGAAAACAGCUCAAAUGAUCUAGUCACUUUCGAUACUGUACUUCAGAUGCGAAAUGGAUAUUCGACUCGAAACCUGACAAAGCGCGCCGGCUUUGAUGUGAACUGGUAUAGACAAUGACCAGUGGCCGGGUCAGUGGGAUGUCUCUCUGUGAGCACAAAGGCUUAUCAAAUGACACUAAAAAUAAGUUCAACAACCAUCACAUUGGAAGGGAGAAGGCRAACAUUUCAUGUUUGGCGGGCAUAUGAGUGCACAAGAUGGAAUGAACGAUUUGGAGCAUCCUGGUAUAAUUACCCCCAUUGUGCUUUUAAUGGAAAUUUCAGAGGAUGGGGAAUGAUUCUGUUGGUUGGUGUCCAGGUUUUUGGCACAGCUCCAAGAAACCUUAUGUACACACACAAAUAUAUGUAUGUGUACACACACACACACGCACACACACACAUACACCCCACACUUAUGUAUUCUCUGGCUUGAAUCUUUUGCUCAAGUUUAUUUAUGUCACUGGCUGGCUGGAUCCAAAGUCAUGUGUCCACAUAUUCAUAAAUA